AUGGGUUACCUUUACUACCUUCUACACCCUUACCAGCUUCGGUCCAUUAUUCAAUGGAAGGUCUGGCAUGAUCCCGUCCACGAGCGCGAUCCCAGCACCGAGUCACCAGAGCUGCAAGAAUGCUUCCGUUACCUCAACUUGACAAGUCGCAGUUUCGCGGCUGUCAUUCAAGAGCUUAACCACGAACUCCUCGUCCCCAUCACUCUCUUCUACCUCUGCCUCCGUGGCCUAGACACCAUCGAGGAUGACAUGACCUUGCCACUGGAGAAGAAGAUCCCUCUUCUUCGAAAUUUCCAUACCACUAUGAACGAGGAUGGUUGGCAAUUCCAUGAGAGUCAAGAGAAGGACAAGGAGCUGCUGGAGCACUUUGAUGUCGUCAUCACCGAGCUCAAGAAGAUCAAGGCCCCCUAUCACGAGAUCAUCACAGACAUGACUCACAAGAUGGGUAACGGUAUGGCUGACUACGCCGAGAACGAAGAGAUGAUCAAGAACGGUGUGCAGACGAUUGAGGAGUACGAAUUGUACUGCCAUUAUGUUGCUGGUCUCGUCGGUGAAGGCCUAACACGCCUCUUCGUCGAAUCUGAGCUUGCCAACCCCAAGCUUGCCGAGCGUCCUUCUCUUACAGAGUCAAUGGGUCAGUUCCUCCAGAAGACAAACAUCAUUCGAGAUCUUCACGAGGAUUGGCAAGAUGGCCGAAGGUGGUACCCCAAGGAGAUCUGGAGCCAGCACGUUGAUAAGUGGGAAGACAUGUUCAACCCUGCCCAACAAACAAAGGCUAUUGAGUGUGUCUCCCACAUGGUUCUCGACGCACUAAAGCACUCCGAGGAGUGCCUCUUCUACAUGGCGGGCAUCAAGGACCAGAGUGUUUUCAACUUUGUCGCCAUUCCCGAAGGCAUGGCCAUUGCCACAUUGGAACUCGUCUUCCGCAACCCCGAGGUUCUCAAGAGGAACGUCAAGAUCACAAAGGGCGAUGCCUGCAAGAUCAUGUUCGAAUGCACACAGAACCUCUUCACCGUGUGUGAGGUCUUCAAGCGAUAUACCCGAAAGAUCGCCAAGAAGAAUGACCCUCGCGACCCCAACUUCCUUGCCAUCAGUGCUCAAUGUGCAAAGAUCGAGCAAUUUAUCGAGACACUGUUCCCCAAGCAAGAUCCCAAGAAGCUCACUCUUACUCAAGCCCAAGCGCAAAACAAGGAGCCCACCAUGGAUGCUGGCGAGGCCGUUGUUCUCUUCGGCGUUGUCAUUGCAGCCUUGGUCUGUAUUUCGGGUCUCAUGCUUGGUACCGCUUGGUUCUUUGGAGCCAGGUUCGAUCACAUCUUUAGGGAAGCUAGCGUCUUCCUACCGAGUCGCGAAAAGGCCAACCCCAUGAUUACGGGUCACGAAGAAUUGUAG